AUGAAAAUAUAUACAUGUGUUUAUAAAAUUGACAGCUACAGCUGAUUUUGACAUAUGGGCAAAAAAGAACAUUACGAACUUUAUACUCGAGAUUUAAUGUAUGUAAUGACUCCCAAAUUAGCAUUAAUACAAUUAUAUAACAGUUUAUCUCUAUUUACUCCUUUGGUUUUACUCUGGAAUGCUUGUUUAUCAAUUUUGACAAUGACAGAUGUAAUAGUAAACUGUAAACAGAAACACCCGGGUUAUUUAGUAAUGGGUUCAGAAUGCGAAGAUGUUCCUAUCGAAGAUUCAGAUGAAUCCCUUUUGGAUUUCAAAGAGAUUGAUGAUUUGGAAUGUGACAUUCCUCAAGUGGCCCCCCCAUCACUCGAAAAUGCCCUGUGGGAUUUAGAUUCUGUAGGAAGCGAUAGUGCUUCACUGCAUUCUUUUCAAAGUAUGACAAAUAAGCUUCAUUCAAUGUUAUAUCAUUGUGUCUUACAAGGAGUUUCUUCACAAAUUACUUCUGCAGCAGAUAGAGUCAAUGCAGGAUCACCUACAGUCAUAACGAAUAGUUUAAAUUACAUAGCAGUAGGAACUUCGCAUGGUUACAUUUUGGCAUUUGACUGUGAACAGAAUUUGUGUUGGUGUUGUCAUGAUACCACCACAUCGGAUCAAGGUGCAGUUUCUGCCUUGUCAUUCAAUCUGGAAUCCACAAGACUUCUAGUUGGUUACGAAAGGGGUUUCAUAUCAAUGAUAGAUGCUUCUACUGGAGACGUACUGCGGAGACUGCCGGACGCCCACGCGCCCCAAACGGCGGUACUGUCUCUAAGAUUCACUUUUCUCAAUAAUUUAGCUUUGUGCGGAGAUUCUUCGGGAUGUGUGUUUUCACUAUCGUUUAAUAGAAGACUCGGGAUGAGAACUUGGAAUUCCAAAUGUUUAUUUUCCGGUGCUAAGGGCGAAGUAUGUGUUUUCGAACCACUAGUUAGAGGACACGAUUUACGUUUUCUUAAUAACGUUGUUUUGGUAGCCAUGGCGACCUUGUCUAAGGUAGUAGUGAUUUCGGUGCGUCCUAAAUUGAAAGUCUUCUAUAGUCAACAGUUACCGAGAAUAUCGACGUCACUUCCUCUAAUCUCUUGGCAAUUAGUUUCAGUAGGAAAAACAUUUCAUCCGGUUUUAGCAUGGGGUAGAGGUAACGAAUUACACUAUACCCGAUUAAUUGUAACCUACGGUUACAACAAUCCUCGAAUGACUUUAAUGCCUUUAAUAAAAGUACAAGUCCCUUAUACAAUGAACGCUCUUCAUUGGCUUGGAACUCGACAUUUGGCCAUAUUAGAUACUAGCGAAAACUUGAGAUUAGUUGAAGUACGCAGCCAAAGAGAAUUGGAAAUAUUAGAAAUUUCCGGUGCUGGUUUGGUGUACAAUUCGGCGCAUUUCAAAGCUUUAGCAGUGGGAGGAGGAGUAAGUGAAGCAUUCGCAUUAGCAGGCGAACGAGCUUGCUACAAUAGUUUAUCUAGUCGAGGAGAUCAAUUAUUAAUAUUGGGUACGAGAGCUGUGCAUAUGGUGAAAUUGAGAACGUGGUCCGAAAGAUUGUUUUAUCUCAGCGAUCAAGGGCGGUGGGCCGAAGCUUUGAAUUUGGCCACCGCCGAAGGGACCAGUAAAGAAAAAGUUGCGUUACCCUUAAUAAAUAAAUAUUUGGAUAAUUUGAAUUUGAAUCAAAUGGAUAGAGAUAGUUUGCCUGCCGCUAUUAAUUGUUGCAUCAAACUUGGGAAAAUUGAUAUUUUAUGCAACGAAUUAUUCGAAGCAGUAUCCAUUGACCAAACUAAGAAGGAAUGGUAUUUUACAUUACUGACCGAUCAGAUUUGUGCAGGAUCAUUAACAGUUCUUUCACCGUUUAUAACACAAAUGUUGGUAAAAUAUUUGGAAGAAACAGAUCAUCAAACAUUAGAAAACGUAUUGUUGUCUCUAGAUAUCGCCUGUUUAGAUUUGAAUCAAGUUUUGAAGAUUUGUAAAAAAUUGAAGAUGUACAAUGCAUGGAUACAUAUUACUACUGGUACUUUGAAGGAUUAUAUCAGCCCUUUGACUGAGUUUCUUGAAGAAUUAACGCCGGAUAAUCAUAAAUUAGGAAACAUAUUAUUGGUAUACGUAUCGUCAUGUUUUGCCGGAUUGGGUUAUCCAUCGGGAAAUAUUCCAGAAGAAGAAGUACCUAGAGUAAAACACGAUAUAUUGAGAUGUUUGGAAACGACGCAUUCUAUUAAAGGUCAAAAAGACGAAUUGGCUUAUCCUUAUUUGAGGGCGUUAUUAAAAUAUAAUACUAGGGAUUGUUUGAACGUUGUAGAACUUGCUUUUUCCCAGCCGGAAUUUUCUGGAGAAAUGGGACUUUUGCAAAGGCAGCGUUUGAUUCAGAUUCUUCUGCAAAUUGUCAAACCAGGCAAUUUUACUGACGGUGAAGUGAUCAAUUUGGCAUGUUUCGUCGCGAGACUCGUUGUAACAAAUAACAUUUCGUUGAAUAAUCACGUUUUGGAUUCAGCAAUAAAGUCCUUAACUGAAAUAGGUGAUUCGCUGUCAAUUAGAGAUAGAUCAGAAAGGGAACAAGCGUGGCUAGAUUUGUUGGGUCUCAAUAAAAUGAAUCAUUUAAAAACUAGUCAACUACUUUCUUUAGCUUUGGAUUCCAAAUGUUACAGGGUUGCAGAACGUCUAUACGAAAUGCAAAAAGACUAUUCUAGAAUACUUAGUUGUUACCUUCAAGAUCCCGUAAGAAAAUACGAAGUAUUCAACUACAUAUUCAAAUAUAUAAACGUUAGUGAUAGAUUAAUACAGGAACAAUUUUUAGUUGAUUUUAAAAAUCUAGUCGCGAUAAGUGCUAAAAAAACAGUAGAAAUAAUUAUAGAAUAUUUCCAAGAAUUAUUGGAAGAAUUUUGUGAUAUGCUCGAAAACGAUCAUGAUUUGCAAUACGAUUUUUUGAGCGAAGUCGUUUUAACAGACGUCAAAUUGACACCGCAAUUAGCAGAACGCUUCUUAGAUCGUUUAUGCGUUAAAAAUAGAAACGAAGUUUGUAAUUAUCUGCGAUCAAGUAAUUGCCGAAACGAAGAAGCUUUAAUUAUUACAAAAAAAUAUGAGGUGCACGAUGCUGUGGCGUUACUUUUGGAAAAUAAUGGCGAUUGGAUGGAAGCCCUGGAGUUGCUUUUGGAAUGCGAUAUGAUGGACGAAGCAAUUAAUUUGUGUAUAAGGGGAGUUGAGCAUUUAUCGCCAGAGGAUUCUCAGUCAUUAUGGUUAACGUUACUACAAAAAAGAAAAAGUGCUUCUGGUGUUUCACUUAGACAUUUAUUGCACGCCGCAGCUCCUCAUAUUCCCCCUUCACAAAUGUUGAAUCUUGUAUCUAACGCAAGCUUUGGAGAUGUCAGAGGAUUGCUACAGGGGAUGUUAAGUGAUUACGAAUACGACAUUAAUACUUUGACGAAUACAUACAAACUGCUGAGUAAAGAUUUACAUCACGGUUUGGUAAAGUGCAUUUCAGUAAAAGGUAGAGGUGUGUCAGUUUCGAAUCUAACUUGUACCUUGUGUCAAAGAUUAUUAUUAUUUCGAAGGGAAACCGAAAGUAACGAAUCGUUUUAUGUAUGGAGUUGCGGACAUUGUUUUCAUUUUUCGUGCGUUAAAGGUGGCAAUUUGAAUAAUUCUUGUCCGCAAUGCAGAUUAAAAGGACCUAUGUUACCAAAGUUGAAGAAACUAGCAAAUAAAGUAGAUUAUGCGAAUGUGAAUAACCAAAGUAGACCGGAUCUAGAAGGUCAUUUUUGAUUUCGUUUUAGGAUAAAAAAUUCUGUUAUCAAAUAAUGGAAAGUCUAUUUAUAUUUAUUAUUUGAAAUAUUUUAUUAAAUUUAUAUUUCGUAAUCAAAA